AGGCGGUAAUUCCAACGGCAAUUUCAGCUUGAAAGAGGAAGACGAGUAUGGCAUGGACAUGGGCUGAUCGUCCCAUACCAUGCUCACUGUUAGACGUGCAAGGCUCUGUCAGCACAUACACACACAGAAGCGACUCUCAUUGUUGUCAUUUCCACCUGCGAUUCUUCCCCUGAUACCCUACAGCGAUACCCCACCCAGAUCCUGCACACGGCAAACCAAUAGACCAUGCCCUUUGCACGCCAAAGGCCUCUUGCUCCGCAUCGCUGGAAUGAUGAUAGGGCACAACGCCGUCUCAUUCGUCCUUGGACCGCACGCUCCAUUUCACCAGCCUCGGCUGGAGGUCCAUGACGUACCGUCCUUGCUGGCACACGACGGUCUAUGCGCGAACUUUUGCGUCUUCAUACCCAUCUCGUUACAUAAUCUAUCACGUCUUACACCAUUUCAUCAACUUCGGCGUCGUUUGGAGUAAGCAGCAAGCAUAUCCCUAGCCGUGUUACCGCCGGCAAGGUCUGGAGUUCCUUUAUUUUCACCCACUAGCUAUAUCUCUUUAUACAUGAAUUUUUCGGUCAACGCGAUAUAGG